AUGACGUACUGGUUCACGCGUUACAAGUACAAAUUCACCGAAGUGGACUACAGCUUGUUCUUAACAUACUCCGUCCUCGUUGGUACUGUUGGUUCCUUCAUUACGAUAUACCUGUUCAGUAAGAGAUGGAAAAUCGAAGAUAGCAUUAUCGGAAUCAUUGCUUGUGUCAGCCGUGUAGCAGCCAGUGUGGUGUAUGCAAUGGCACCGAACAGAACUGUGUACUUCCUGGGACCAGUUCUGGAUAUGUUCAGUGCGGCUGCUGCGACGUCCCUUCGAUCGAUUGCUACUAAAUUGGUCAAUGCAGAUGAAGUUGGUAAAACGAGCUCUCUAAUCAGCAUAUCGGAAGCGUUGGUGCCAGUAAUAUAUUCGCCGGUCUACAGCAAGGUAUACUUGAGUACAUUGUCCACGUUCGCUGGAGCUUUCUAUCUCAUCAGUGCCAGCUUAGCAGUUCCUGCUAGUCUAAUUUAUAUAACGCUUUACAUCAUUCGACGAAAGGAAAUCCAGCAAGAGCAGUCCACAGAAAAUAAACGUGAUGGCGAAGUAACAAGAUUUUAG